AACAAGCACAGUUAAAAAAAAGAAAACUAGAACUUCCUUUUGUACAAGGGUCGGUAAAUAUAACGAAGCUGUUUGAGAUCUCUUGGUCAGCACCAUGGGCCGUCUGGAUGGGAAGAUCAUCCUGUUGUCUGCGGCAGCACAGGGCAUUGGCCGAGCAGCUGCUAUUGCUUUUGCUAAGGAAGGAGCCAAAGUCAUUGCUACAGACAUCAAUGAGUCUAAACUGCAAGAACUGGGGAAAUAUCCAGGCAUUCAAAUACAGGUUCUGGAUGUCACCAAAAGGGAGCAGAUAGAAAAUCUGGCCAAGGAGAUCGAAAAGAUUGAUGUCCUCUGUAACAUUGCAGGGUUCGUUCAUCAUGGAACUAUUCUGGAGUGUGAGGAGCAAGACUGGGACUUCACAAUGAACCUCAAUGUUCGCAGCAUGUAUUUAAUGAUCAAGACGUUCCUUCCAAAGAUGCUUAAACAGAAAUCUGGAAAUAUUAUUAAUAUGUCUUCUGUGGCAUCCAGCAUCAAAGGAGUUGUGAACAGAUGUGUCUACAGUACUUCAAAGGCAGCAGUUAUUGGGCUAACUAAGGCUGUGGCUGCUGAUUUCAUUGAACAAGGCAUCAGAUGCAACUGCAUAUGUCCUGGAACUGUUGACACACCAUCUUUACAGGAAAGAAUCCAAGCCCGGCCUAACCCAGAACAGGCAUUGAAAGACUUUCUAGCCAGACAGAAAACUGGAAGGAUGGCUACUGCUGAAGAAGUGGCCCAUCUCUUUGUGUACUUGGCCUCUGAUGAAUCUGCCUAUGUGACUGGUAAUGAACUAAUCAUCGAUGGAGGAUGGAGCUUGUGAUUCAUUCUACCUGCAAAUGGAAAUUCAUACUAUGAUGGGCAAAAAAUGAGGAUGGUGUUUCUUGCAAAGAUUGAGAUCAUGCAUGUGAUGUCUUUCCAAAGAAAUUUGCUGCUAUUUCUCUCUAGACUGAUCUUACUGAUUAACUUUUCCUUAAAUAGAGAAAUACUGGAGCAAAACGUACUUCAUGUGGCUUCAAUUUAUGGCAACUCAAAAUCAUGAAAGAACAGCAGUUUAAUGUUUAAGAUUUCAGGAGGUCAAAAAUAUUAUUCAAGUUACAAAAUCUGAGUUGUGUUUUCAGCAAAAUCUGAGUGAAAGGAAUUAACUGUUAUCUUUUUUCUCAUUUUACAAGGUAUUUGGAAAUUAAAUACUCCCAAUUAGAUUUACAUGUACAAGAACCAGUAUGUAAGGGCAGUACUCUAUCAGGUAUGGAUGGGGGUAUAUGUGAGAGGAGUAUUAAAUCCAUGGCUGGAUCUUCAUGAAUAUGCUUGACUUGUAGACCAAAAGCAAAAGGAGUGGAUUUUACUACUCUAGAUAGAGCUGAUAUAUUCCUCUCCAAAAUUAUACACCAAUACAGGACAAAUUCUGUAAAAUCUGUCGCUAGGUGCUACACUUUGGUGCUCUAUGCCUUAUUAUCAAGUACCAAUACAGCGCACACUAAAGCACAAAGCAAAAUUUCUCUGAAAGGGACUGUUUCUAUAAGAGUAUGUGCUGAUGUUUUUGUUGUGAUAGCACUUCAUUCAUGAAAUAGAAACCUAUUAUUGUCAAAUUUCAUAUUCUGGGAAAAAACACAGGUCCUGACCCAGAGAUCUAAGACGAUGAAUAAUCUGAAUUCACGAAGCAUUUGUUUUGCUAACAUACUGCUUAAAACCAACAUGAAUUAUAUGGUCUGUCUGCUUAUAAAUAUGGUUACCUUCAACAUAGCUCCAUUAAUCCAGUUCCUAAAUGAAACUCUAUGUAAUUUAAUACAUAUCUAUGUGAAGGAGGAAUUAAGGACUAAAUGCUACUGAGUAUGAUUCAUCAGUAAUCAAAGCACAGGAGAAAUGUACAAUAUUGUGUGUGUUUUUCUGUAACAACAACUGCCAUGUUCAUAAAAUUAUUGCUUAAACUUUUCAAUAUCAGCUGAAGCAUUAAUAUAAAUUAUUUGAUUUGAACGAUAAUGAAACACAUCUAGUUAAAAUCUGGCCUCUUAUUUUAAAAUAAUUGUAUGUAAAUGUAAAUUUUACAAAUGAGAAAACUAUUGUGGAUGUUGACUUCAUUUGGCUCAUUAUGGGUUUAACGUUUACCUUUAAUCAUGGUUGGAGCAUUCUGACCUUGUCUAGUUUGUUUAUAGGGUUUUAGAGAAUCUAAUAUUUCAAUCAAGUGACCCUGGCAGCCAAGCAGGAUCAAGUUGGGGCACAAACCCAAAGUUAUCCAAAAUGGCUCCAGAACUGUUCACGGGCAUAAAUUCAAACAUCAAAAAUCAUCCUGGCAGGACACAGUUUCAAUGGUUUCAGAAUUUAAUACAAAGGCCAAAAUCCUUCUUCUGUAGUAGAUGCAGGAGGCUGACCUUAAAAAGGGAAAAUUUCCCCGCUGCAGUAACACAGGGAACAUGUACUGUGUAUUCUGAAAAUAAGAAAUAAGAAAAUAAGGAUCUGGGACAAAUUUCAUUAUAUGUAUUGCAUAUUGGCCAUCAUUACUUAGUGUUUGUAAGCUCACUUAGAAGUGAUUGUAGUUGAUUGUAGUAUACAUUUGCUGCUCAGAAAUGGCUGCUGCCGUUGUUGUCAAAGCACUUGUGCAAGAACAUAAGUACCACCUGCCUCUAAAUUGCACUAAAGGCACAAAGGGCUGUUUUAGUGGUAGGCCAAGAAUCUGGUGGACCAGAAAAGUAAAUAUCAGCAGAGCUUCCUGCCUCUUGCCCUAUUAGCAAUGCUUUUCGUGGAGGUGUUAACAAUUGCAACUCUGAAAUGUGUUCCAAUGUCAUGAGGUUUUCCAGCAGACUUGCAGGAAUUAUUAAAGGAAAGUGCUUCUUAAUGCUCUCAUGACCUAAUUCCCCAGUCUGUUUUUAAUAGAACUGGGUAAUUCUCUUUGUUUUCCUUCCACCCCAGUGGUAAUAAAAAGAGGCUUUUUGAC